AUGUCCUGCUACGACCUGUGCCUGCCCUCCUCCUUCAGUCCCCGGCCCCUGGCCACCAGCUGCAACCAGCCCUGCUUCCGCCGCUGCGGGGACUCCACUGCCUUCAUCCAGCCGCCCACGGUUGUGGUCACGCUGCCCGGGCCCAUCCUCAGCUCCUUCCCACAGAACACCAUGGUAGGCUCCACGGCCUCGGCGGCGGUCGGGAGCUACCUGCGCUGCUGCGGCAUCCCUGUGGGCUCCCGGGGUCUGGGCAAGGCAGGACUGCUGUGCCUGGGCACCAGGCUGUAG